AUGGCGGCACACGCGAACCAGCCGUCUCUUUAUCCGCUGGAACUUGUGGACGCAGCUGUGGGAACCCGCGUCUGGAUCAUCCUACGGGGUGCACGCGAGUUCUGUGGUAUUCUCCGGGGAUUUGAUGAAUAUGUGAACUUAUUUUUGGAAGAUGUCGAUGAGUAUACGUACAGUGAGGAGGGUAUCGAGAAGCAGCAUAUCGCUCAAAUGUUCUUGAACGGUAGCCAGAUCUGUGUUCUGGCAGCAGCCCCGACACUGGAUGGAUCCCAGCAGCUCGGAUGUGCCUAUGUACCUUCAUCGACGACGUAG